AUAAUCAAUGCAAUUGAAUAUAUCCUUUAGACAACAAUAAAGAGAUAUAUUAUUUUAUAAAAAGGAAUCUAGAUUCAAAUUUUAUUGGUGUUGUAUAACCUGGAAAAUAUCAACCAAUAAAACAAAUGAUCUAGUAUUAGAGUUUGUUUGUAAGAUUUCUACUCGUCCUGAAGAAAAGAUACGGAUAAAGAUUUUGUAUAUGUCUACUACUAAGUUGAUCAAGAUUAUGAGGGUAAUUCACUUAAGGGUAUUUUACUAUUGAUGACUUAAGAGAAUAAUCUUCAGAAUGCAAUGAAAUUUGAAUGAUGAUCAAUUAUAAAACAAUAUUUAACAUUAUGAUCCUGAGGGAGAUGGA